AUGCAAUUGCAGAAUCUAUUGUUGUUAUCGGCAGUGGCGGGUUUGCCAGCUGCCGUAGACGCCUGGUCUCCUUCAAACAGCUAUGCUCCAGGCAACGUCUCCUGUCCUGCUAACGCUAACUUCGUCAGAGCUGGUGGGAAAUUGUCUGAUGAAGAAAUCGACUGGUUGGCAAAGAGAGAGGUCUACACCACUGAGAGUUUGAAGGAUUUCAUGACAAGGGCAAUGGCCAACUUCACCGAUUCCUCAAUCUUGGAUCAACUGUUCGGUUCUUCAAACUCAAGCAAUGUCCCUAAAAUCGCUGUCGCUGCCUCUGGUGGUGGUUACAGAGCUAUGUUGAGUGGUGCUGGUAUGAUCUCAGCCAUGGACAACAGAACCGUGGGUGCAAACGAACACGGUCUUGGUGGUUUGUUGCAGAGUACUACUUAUUUGGCUGGUUUAUCCGGUGGUAACUGGCUAGUCGGUACUUUGGCAUGGAAUAACUGGACUUCAGUCCAAGAUAUAGUGAACAACUUCACAAAGGAUGACUCCAUCUGGGAUAUCUCAAACAGUAUCUUCACCCCUGGUGGUUUGGACAUCGCAAAAACCGUGCUAAGAUGGAAUCACAUCUCAGAUGCUGUGAAGGAUAAACAGGAAGCAGGCUUUAACGUAUCCUUGACUGAUAUCUGGGGUCGUGCUCUAUCCUACGGUUUCUUCCCUUCUUUGAAAAGAGGUGGUGAAGCUUACACUUGGUCCACUUUAAGAGAAGCUCAAGUUUUCCAAGACGGUGCUAUGCCUUUCCCAAUCUCUGUCGCUGAUGGUAGGUACCCUGGUUCUUACAUUAUCAACUUGAACGCUACUUUAUUCGAAUUCAAUCCUUUCGAAAUGGGUUCCUGGGAUCCAACUUUAAAUGCCUUCUCUGAUGUUAAGUAUUUGGGUACUAACGUAACUAACGGUACCCCUGUCAACACCGACGUUUGUGUAGAAGGUUACGACAACACUGGUUUCAUCAUGGGUACUUCCUCAAGUUUGUUCAACCAAUUCUUGUUGAGAUUGAACACCACAGGUUUGAACUCAUUUAUCCAAGAUAUUGUUAGACAUUAUUUGGUCGAUUUAUCAAACGAAUCCGAUGAUAUCGCCAUUUACGCUCCAAAUCCUUUCAAGAACACUAACCAUAUCAAGAGCAACUACUCUCAAGUACUAUCUGAAACCGAUUACUUAUUCUUGGUCGAUGGUGGUGAAGAUCAACAGAAUAUCCCAUUGGUUCCAUUACUACAAAAAGAACGUGACAUAGAUGUCAUCUUUGCCUUGGAUAAUUCCGCUGACACCAACAAUUCAUGGCCAAACGGUGCCUCCCUAGUUAACACUUACCAACGUCAAUUCGAAUCACAAGGUGUUAACAUUGCUUUCCCUUACGUUCCAGACACAAACAGUUUUGUUAACUUGGGUUUGAACAGAAAACCAACUUUCUUCGGUUGUGAAGCCUCUAACAUGACUAGUUUGAGACAAACUCCACCUUUGGUUGUUUACAUUCCAAACUCAAAGUAUUCUUAUGCUAGUAACCAAAGUACUUUCAAGAUGUCUUACUCUAAAAAGGAGCGUAUCGGUAUGAUCCAAAAUGGUUUCGAAGCAGCCACUAGAGGUAAUUUCACUUAUGACCCUGAAUUCAUCGGUUGUGUUGCUUGUGCUAUCUUAAAGCGUAAGCAAGAAAGUUUGAAUGCAACUUUGCCUGCUGAAUGUGAAGCAUGUUUGACCACUUACUGUUGGAACGGUACCAUCAGCAAUGAUCCAAACAGUGCGGAUGAAAUUGAUAACGGUGAACCUGAUACCAUUUUAAGUACUACUUCUUCCAAGAAAUCUGGUAAGACAUCUACUUCAAAGUCUUCAAAAUCUUCAAAGACUACUUCAACUGAUAAUUCUAAAUCAGGUUCAUCAGACUCAACCAAAUCAGGUUCUGUCCACGUUGUUUCACCAUAUGACUUUACAACAAUUUUGACAUUCAUUUUGGGUGUUUCGGUCAUUUCUUUCUAUAUUUGA